UUUUUUUUCGAAAUGAAACAAGGAGAUAUUAGAUCUUUUUUUAAAUGCCCGCAAACAACUUCACGUCAAGAUGAAAAUCAGAGCGUUAUUGAGAUAGUGGAUGAGUUUGAAGGAAUAUAUUUAAGCGACAGUUCAGAUCAUGAAGAAAUUUCUGAAGAGGAGGCACUAAGAAUUCCAAAACGACUGCCUAAGAUAUACCGUAACCAACCUUUAGAUCAAAAUGACAUUGGAUUGUUUGUCGGAAAAUCGGGACCGUUGGAUGACAACGAAAAACUGAAGGUGUUAAAUUGUUGGGGGCCUCCUAGUAAUUAUACAGCGCCACCAGUGUUUCAAGCAGCGCAGAAUAGAUUCUUCCAACAAUCCUGGCUUAAAAAAAAUGAAUUAAUGGCAUAUUCUCAUAUGGAAGUUGGUCUAUUUUGCCGUAUUUGUGUUGCAUUUCACUGGGGGCGUAAGGAGAUUGGCAAAGGUUUGUAUAUGUGAUAUAGUCUUCUACGUCGCGAGUCUAAAAUGCCAAAGACUACAAGAUAUUUUCAUUGUUCCGCUCACCGGGCUAAUCUAGUUUUUACAUCUGGUGCAGAAUACAAACCAGUGAAAAGGUUUUUUGGAAUUAUAGGAGAGCUCGUCCGUACUUUCAACACAAGCACAAAAAAAUCCCAAUUAUUGGAGGAAAAUGCUAAAAAAUUCGCACCUGAUACAAAUCGUAGACACUUGCCUAUGCUUUGCUCUACUAGAUGGAUUUCUAGGCAUGA